UGGUGUAUCGAUUGUUCAUUCGUUCAUUUGUCCAAUUUGUUCCAUUGACGCUCUGUUGCAAAAUAAAGUUUUCUUGCACUGCCUCAAUGUAAAAGGCUUGGCACUAACCCUGUCCAAAUAUCUCCUCUCUCUCACUGAACUACUUUUCUCUAUCUAUGCCUACCUACCUAUCCUAUCGUGGGUUACUACGGUCUUACGAUUCUACACCGCGUACUCCUUGAAAUACAUUGAACUCAAGAACAAUAAGAAAGUUUCAAAAGAAAAGAAAAGAAAAAAAGAGAGUAGAGUGCUCGGUUCCUUCAAUAUCAACUUCACCAAGCUACAGGAGAGCUUGUUCUUGUUGUCGCAAACUAUAUUGAUUUGCGAAUGGAUCGAAACCUCUUGGAGCCUUUCAAUCACCAAAUUGCGCCUACCUCCCAAGGAAAUUCCAAGCCAUUGACCGCCAAACACUUUUGGUGAAGUUGCAAGUCAAAGUGUUGUGGCCUGUUUGAUGUACAAGUCCUCUAGAUUUGCGCUUCCAUCAUCCAUAACACAGCCUCUCUUCGAUGCCUACGAGUCAUAAGAACCUUCAUUCCAUCAAAUAACCGCCAAGGCUUGCGCCUCGGGCUGUGUAUUGACGAAAUAACGAAAGAGAAAUCAAUUUAGUAUGUCCGACUCAAGUGGAACUUCUCCAGCUCCAAGCUCGGGGGCGAAGAGGCAAAGAGCUCCUACGAUAACAAUCGAUACUUCUGCUGUUCGUAACAUGAGUCCACCUCAAGCUAUGGAUAACGACGCGGUUGCUUUGAGGGCUCUACCCAACUCCCCUUCAACUUUACAAGGCGAUAUCAGUCCUACGACAUAUGAUGGAACAGGAUCACAACCUCGAGCUCCUCAUCAUUCUAGUCAAGGAAGUCAUUCGUCGAUACCACAAUUAAGAGCAACAAACUCUUUUGACAGUCGAGACAGCAGGCCGACAUCACCACAUAAUGUCUCAUCACCAACGUCGAGAGGCACCCCGGGAUUCCUAGCAGUUCCUGGUCUUCGAUCACGACAGAACUCGAUUGAAUCUGACGAUGGAAACCAUUCAAAUACAAAUUACAGUGGAGACACCUGCGCUGGAGGUUCAACCGCAGGACAGAUGGAUAAACACAGAGAGUUGGAUGGAAAUAAUGAUAUAAUGAAUGAUCCGGAUGCUUUGAAGCCGGAUCUAGGAACUGAAGAGGACUUUGAAGUUGAGAACAACAGUUUUGGAUUCUCUCAAGGACAACUUAACAAAUUAGUUAAUGGUAAAAGUUUGGCGGCUUUUUACGCCCUCGGAGGUCUUGCAGGGUUAGAAAAGGGAUUACGGACGGAUCGAAAAAGUGGUUUGAGUGUGGACGAGCAGUCAUUAGAUGGAACGAUAUCUUUCGAGGACGCAAGAGCUGCCGCGUCUCGAGAUUCAUCGGAUCUCAGUGAACAAUCGAAAUCCUCGAAGCACCCUGUAGCUACCAAGGUGUCUUCGUUGCCAUCAACAGGAUCUGGACAUGGUCAAUCGCAUACUCAAGCACAGGGCGCUUAUUCUGAUCGAAAGCGCGUCUUCAAGGAUAAUCGAUUACCUGAGAAGAAAGGCAAAAGCAUUUUCGAAUUGAUGUGGAUUACUUAUAAUGACAAGGUUCUGAUCCUGCUAUCGAUAGCAGCCGCGAUAUCUUUAGGUGUUGGGCUUUAUCAGACAUUUGGAACGAAACACGACUCGGAACAUCCUCCUAUCGAAUGGGUCGAAGGUGUCGCUAUCAUUGUAGCCAUUCUGGUUGUGGUCAUUGUGGGAUCCCUUAACGAUUAUCAAAAGGAACGCCAAUUCGUCAAGCUCAACAAGAAAAAGGAAGAUCGCGAUGUGAAUGUGAUUCGGUCUGGAAAAACUGUGGAAAUCUCGGUAUUUGAUGUUUUGGUUGGUGAUGUUAUGCAUCUGGAACCAGGAGAUAUGAUUCCCGUGGAUGGAAUUUUCAUCGAAGGACACAAUGUUGUUUGCAACGAAUCUCAGACAACCGGAGAGUCCGAUCUGAUCCGAAAGCGACCAGCUGAUGAUGUCUACAAUGCAAUUAAAAAUCACGACAGCUUGAGGAAAUUGGACCCUUUCAUUCUCUCAGGGGCACAGGUCAGUGAGGGAGUCGGAACAUUUAUGGUCACAGCUACAGGUGUGAACUCUAUGUAUGGAAAGACAUUGGUUGCACUUCGAGAAGAUCCUGAGUCAACACCUCUUCAGACAAAAUUGAACACGCUCGCCGAAUACAUCGCAAAGCUUGGUGGUGCUGCAGGUUUACUUCUCUUCAUCGUCCUGUUUAUCGAAUUUCUGGUCCGUCUCCCUAAAAACCACAAUACCCCAACCGAAAAGGGUCAAGAAUUUCUCAACAUUUUCAUCGUCACAGUUACAAUCAUUGUGGUCGCUGUUCCCGAAGGUUUACCGCUUGCCGUCACAUUGGCCUUGGCUUUUGCUACAACUCGCAUGUUGAAGGAUAACAAUUUGGUUAGACAUCUCAAAGCUUGUGAGGUCAUGGGAAAUGCUACUACUAUCUGCUCGGACAAGACUGGUACUUUGACUCAAAAUAAGAUGUUGGUCGUUGCAGGAACCUUAGGAACCAGUUCUCGAUUUGGUGGCAUAGUUGAAUCGCUUGACAAAGAUCAAGUGGACAAAGGCAAACAACCACAGCGAGAAGUAGACAAUUUGUCGCCCGGAGAAGUGGUAUCUACAUUGGAUCCAAGUGUCAAGGAAUUAAUCAAGCACUCGGUUGUUCUGAACUCUACAGCUUUCGAGGGUGAGGUUGAAGGCCAAAGCAGCUUCAUCGGUUCCAAAACAGAAACUGCACUCUUACUUUUCGUACGAGAACACAUCGGACUUAGCUCACUCGACCAAGAGCGUUCUAAUGCCACCAUUAUCCAAUUGAUCCCCUUUGAUUCAGGCCGAAAAUGUAUGGGAGUUGUUGUACAACUUGACAAUGGAAAAUAUAGGCUCUACGUUAAGGGUGCUUCUGAGAUUCUUCUCGAAAAGUGCUCGGAAAUCAUUCGCGACCCAACUAAGGACGCUAGCAGCGUUCACAUGACCGAUGAUAAUCGUCAAACUUUGACUUCACUCAUUGACAAUUAUGCUUCCCGAUCGCUCCGUACCAUCGCCCUCGUAUACAAAGAUUUCGAUAGAUGGCCUGCCAAGGGCGCUCGAAUCAUCGAAGGAGAGAAGAACCAAGUUGUUUUCGAUGACAUUUUCAAGCAAAUGGUUCUCUUGGGUAUUGUAGGAAUUCAAGAUCCUCUUCGUGAUGGCGUUCCCGAGGCGGUUCGUAUUUGUCAAAACGCUGGUGUGGUUGUUCGCAUGGUUACUGGAGACAACAUGGUAACUGCUAAAGCUAUUGCCGAAGAGUGUGGUAUCUACACUCCAGGUGGUAUCAUCAUGGAAGGUCCCACUUUCCGAAAUUUGAGUCAGGCCAAGAAGGAGCAGAUUAUUCCACGUUUACAAGUACUUGCACGAUCCAGUCCAAAAGACAAAGAGGAUUUGGUUAAAGCUCUCAAGAAACUCGGCGAAACUGUUGCAGUUACUGGUGAUGGUACCAAUGAUGCGCCUGCCUUAAAGAAGGCUGACGUUGGUUUCUCUAUGGGUAUCGCUGGUACUGAGGUUGCAAAGGAAGCUUCUGCUAUUAUUCUUAUGGACGAUAACUUCAACUCCAUUGUCAAGGCUAUGAUGUGGGGACGUGCUGUCAACGAUGCAGUAAAGAAAUUCUUGCAAUUUCAAGUUACUGUCAACAUUACUGCCGUCCUUCUAACCUUCAUUUCAGCUGUUGCCAGUUCGGACGAAACAUCUGUUCUUACUGCUGUGCAAUUGUUGUGGGUUAACCUUAUUAUGGAUACUAUGGCAGCUCUUGCAUUGGCUACCGAUCCACCAACCGCGAGUAUUCUUGACCGAAAACCGGACCCAAAAUCUGCACCCCUUAUCACUAUGACGAUGUGGAAAAUGAUUAUUGGCGAAUCAAUCUAUCAACUUACCAUUACCUUACUCUUGUUCUUCGGUGCUGAAAGCAUUCUUUCUUAUCAAUCAGAUCGGGAAAUCGCACAGAUUCCAACUCUUGUCUUCAACACAUUCGUAUGGAUGCAAAUCUUCAAUCAAUGGAACAACCGUCGUCUUGAUAACAAGUUCAACAUCUUCGAAGGAGUCUCUCGCAAUUGGUUCUUUAUAGGAAUCAAUGUCAUCAUGGUCGGUGGUCAGGUUAUGAUUAUCUAUGUUGGUGGCAAAGCUUUCAAUGUGGUUCAUCUUAACGCAGCUCAAUGGGCAUACUCUAUUAUUCUUGGGUUCUUGUCUAUCCCAGUUGGAGCUUGCAUACGUCUCAUCCCUGAUGAGUUACUUAUCUCGCUGGUUCCAAGCUAUUUGAUGAACCGAAAGAAGAACCCAGAAGUUACCAUCUCUGAUGAGGAAGAGCAAUUCAGAUUCCCUAAGCCAUUGGCAGAUGUCAAAGAAGAAUUGACUUUCCUCAAGAAAUUCAAGGGUGGUCGAUUGAAUAACUUGAAAUUUGCAAUGCAACAAACUCGCGAUCAAUUAUUGCCACGUUCUAGGAGUGGUUCUCGAUCAAGAGAAAAUUCUAUAGCACCAGGAACACCUUCAGACGAUCCCAACCGUGAGGACGCUUUUGGCAAGAAUGGCUUCUCAACUCCUGAAACUCGCAAACGUGGACGAAGCACCAGAUCUCGAUCAAAUUCAGCAUUGGGUGCCACAACUGUCAUGGCAGGUAUCAUCGCUGGUAGUGUUGCUGGAUGGUCUCCGAUUGAGAGAAACUACGGUGAGAGCGACGCGAUGGGAUUUACACGUUCUAAAGGAAGAUCGGAACUGGAAGCUUCUGAUGAAAUUCAAAUUCACCCAGAUACCAAGCCAGAUGAUCCAAUCAUCACCGAAAAUCCAACUCAUCUCAACGCUCCACCAUCACAAAUCUCGGAAAUCUCUCCAGUCCCUGCGGCUGAUAUUCCGACAUUGAAGAUUCCUACCCCAACAAAGAAAUCUUCAAACGAUGAAUAACACCAAUUUCAUUCAUCAUUUAUUUGAUAAGUACAGAACCCAGACUCUAUGUAGAUAUGUAACUUUACAUUAGCGCUUGAACCCUCGUUUUGGGGUUUUGCUCUUCAUCGCGAAAGUCAUUGUGCUACUCAACAUGAGCACUCGGCGUAAAGGGUGGAAAGAAAUAUACAACUAUGGCGUUUUACCUUCAAUUAUUCCUUUUUUUUAUUUAGCUUCAACGACGGUCUUUUUAAUACACAUACCACAUUUAAAGUUUUGCUGAGGGUGGAGGAGAUAAAGGAUGUAGAUAGUCGAGAUGGAGGGAUGGAUCAGUGGGUGAGCGGAGGAGGAAAAGAGCGACAGACAAAAAUAAGAUACCAGCUUAGUAUGUUUUUGAGCGAAUUAGAUAUGAAUAUGAAUGAGAUAUUGAUAGCGAAUGAACAAUCGCCCGGGAUGUUUUUAUGGAUAGAUGGAUGGAUCGUGAUGAAUGAAGGAGAAUGGAUGGAUGUAGGCGUGCAUGUGUGUACGCAUAGAUUUUUAGUUUAUACCUGCCUUGAAGUUGGCACAUUAGGGAAAAUUACAGAUCAAUGUGACAGAGGAAC